AAAAUAUCUAAACCAAAAUGUUACAUCAAUACUUAAGCGAUUUUGAAUCUUUCGAUAAUUUCAGUUCGAACCUCGAAGAACACAACAAAAUUUAGUAUUAAAAGCUGAAUCUUUUUAAAAAUGAUUCAUUCUAAUAAGAAUUUGAAAUCGAUUUUGAGUAGAAAUCAACGAAUAUUGUUAACCAACUCUAACUGAGUCACCAAGAGGUGAGUAAGAAGGAAAGUAGUUAAACUGUAGCUAAGAAAAUAAGGAAAUCCUCCAAGAAAGACAGGAAUUAAAAAGAUUAUAAGAAGAACAUUUGCAGAAACAUAUUAAGACAUGCCAUAAAGUCGAUGAAUAACGACAAAGAUUGCGUUUCCUACAUAUCAGAAUUGGUUGAUGAUGGCAAAUUGUUCAGUAUAUACUAUAACAGAUAAUUGGAAUAAAUUACUGGCUUCAGAGUAUUGAGGGAACAUUUGGUUUAGAUGAAAGAGGAUAGUUAGAUAGUGAGGAAUAGAAAACAAGCUUUUAGACAAUAUUUGUUAUGGUACUUGAAAUAAAAAGCCACAGCAAUGAUUUUAAGAGGAGAAACUCAGAAUCCCCAGGAAUACAUACGGUACAAGAAUGAAGUUCUAAUGUAUUAUAUACAUCGACCACACGAGUGGAUGUCGAAUUACCCAGAGUGGUUGAAUGUAGCCACAACAGGAAACGAAUAGUAGUUCCAACUUAAUACAGAAGGUUAGUGUAUUUGAGAUGUCUUGG